AUGCUUUCCCUGUCACGGGCGUUGGUGGGUGCUGGAGUGCGCUCGCCGGCCGCAGCCAGUCACUGCGGCGCGGCAAGUCUGGUCCGGUGCAACAGCACCGCUGCCCAAGAGAAGCCAAAAAAGACAAAAUUCGGUCCCUUAAGUGAUCAGGACAGAAUUUUCACAAACCUGUACGGCCGCCAUGACUGGAGACUGAAGGGGGCCCUGAGUCGGGGUGACUGGUACAAGACCAAGGAGAUCCUGCUGAAGGGGGUGGACUGGAUCCUUAACGAGGUGAAGAUCUCAGGUCUGCGUGGAAGAGGCGGAGCUGGGUUCCCCACAGGCAUGAAGUGGGGGUUCAUGAACAAGCCCAGUGACGGCAGACCAAAGUACCUGGUGGUGAAUGCUGACGAGGGGGAGCCUGGCACCUGUAAAGACCGGGAAAUCAUGCGCCAUGACCCCCACAAGCUUGUGGAGGGCUGCCUGGUAGCUGGGAGGGCUAUGGGUGCCCGUGCUGCCUAUAUCUACAUCCGGGGGGAGUUCUACAAUGAGUCCUCCAACCUGCAGGUUGCAAUUAACGAGGCCUACGCUGCAGGUCUGAUUGGGAAGAAUGCCUGCAACUCUGGGUAUGAUUUUGAUGUGUUUGUAAUGCGAGGAGCAGGCGCCUACAUCUGUGGGGAAGAGACUGCACUUAUUGAGUCCAUUGAGGGUAAACAGGGCAAACCCCGCCUGAAGCCCCCCUUCCCUGCUGACAUAGGGGUCUUUGGCUGCCCAACAACUGUUGCUAAUGUGGAGACAGUUGCGGUGGCUCCCACAAUCUGUCGUCGUGGUGGCUCAUGGUUCGCAAGCUUUGGGAGAGAGAGAAACUCUGGGACAAAGCUCUUCAACAUCUCUGGGCACGUCAACAAGCCCUGCACUGUAGAGGAGGAGAUGUCUAUUCCUCUCAGAGAUCUGAUCGAGAUACAUGCAGGAGGAGUACGAGGUGGCUGGGACAACCUGCUGGGAGUGAUCCCAGGGGGCUCUUCCACUCCCGUCAUACCACGCUCUGUGUGUGAUGACGUGUUGAUGGACUUUGAUGACCUCAUCCGGACACAGACUGCUCUGGGUACUGCUGCUGUGAUUGUCAUGGACAAGUCUACUGAUGUCAUCAGAGCUAUUGCUCGUUUGGUUGAAUUCUACAAACAUGAGAGCUGUGGGCAGUGCACACCAUGCAGAGAGGGUGUGGACUGGAUGAAUAAGAUGAUGUGGCGGUUCGUGCGUGGCGAUGCACGAGCAUCUGAAAUUGACAUGAUCUGGGAGAUCAGCAAGCAGAUUGAAGGACACACUAUCUGUGCACUGGGAGAUGGAGCUGCCUGGCCAGUGCAGGGAUUAAUCCGACAUUUCCGUCCUGUGAUGGAGACUCGCAUUGCGGAGUACCAACAAAAACAGCAGGCCAGAGCUUAA